UUAGUAAAAUACUAAUAUGAAAAGAGAAAAUAUAUUAGUAGAGUGUUAAUAUAAGUGUAAUAUUUUAAAUCUCGUAAAGUAUGGUAUAGACUAUAAUAUUGCUAUUGGAAAUCAUGCUGAUUCGAGGGCUAUGUCAACGAGUGAAAAUGUAAAUGUUGCGGAGAGAAUGCAGGCAGGCCCCAGUGUAAUUAGUCCUAAACGUCGCAAACAAUGUAACAGCGACAAUACGAUUAAAUGCAAACGGGUAAAGGUGAAACGAUUACAAGACAUUACGACGAGCGGUUUUCAUAAAACGGGUGAAUCAUUAAAUAGUCAAAUUUUAUGGUUUUACAAAAAGAAUAUUGAAAAUGUAGUCGGGUAUCAAUCGUUUUUGUCGGCAACAAGAGGCGAUUUAGUCGAAAAAUUACGCGACUGUCUUAAAGUAAUGGGCUCGAUAAAAUUCAACUUAAAACUUGAGGCGACUUAUGUGGUUCCGAAUAAUGAAACCAAGUACGAAAAUCGGUCAUUUAAAACGUCGGCAGCCGAGUUAAUUAAUGAGGACGAUAUCGAUCAUGCUGUGGAUAUUUCAUUCACAAAAUUAUUAGAAGAACAGGAAAACUAUGCUGGUAAAGGUAGUAAUUUUUCGUUUUUUAAUAUAGACGGUAUUUUACUGGGCGUUUACAAAUAUCAGCCUUUAGGCGGGAGUUCUUACAUUGAUUUGCCGCAUGAUAUUAAAAACAGAAAUGCUGUAAUAAACCCGCAAAAUAUAGAUCAACAAUGUUUCAAAUGGGCUAUAUUAGCGAAAAAAGUUACAGAGGGUAAAAGACGUAUAGUAGAACAAAACUAUAAGUCUAUAGAAAACUGUUAUAAUUUCUCCGGUUUAUCAUUCCCAACACCGAUUUCAGACAUAAAAAUUUUCGAAAAAAAUAAUCCGCAUACUUCAGUCAAUGUAUACGGACUAAAAUUGAAAGAUAUACAUAAUAAACCCGAAUAUUUAGUUUAUCCGCUGAAAGUGUGCGCUGAAGAACGCAAAGACCAUAUAGAUUUGUUAAUUGUGUCAAACGCCGCGGGUGACAGCCAUUACACUUAUAUUACCGAUUUUGGUCGAUUGGUACAAUCACAAAUAACAAAGAAUACGGCAAAAAGGAUAUUUUGUAAACGGCGUUUUACGGGCUUUAAUAAUGUCCCUAAAAAGUAUAAACUACGUGGAGUUGAGGCGCUAGAAGAACAUAAAAAAAUUUGUGGCGAAAACAAACCGUUUUUACCUAUAAUGCCUGAAGAGGACACUAAAUUAAAGUUCGAGUCAUGGGGCAAAACACAGGAACAUCCAUUUGCAAUUUAUGCUGAUUUUGAAAGCCUGCUGGUCAAAUCCAACAAUCAUACGAAAGGCAACACAAGUUAUAUACAUGAUCAUGUUGCAAUGAGCUAUGGAUACAUAGUAAAAGCAGCCGACAGUGUACCCAUAGAAUUAUUGCAACAGUAUAAUAUUCAAACGACGCCCAAAAUGUACAGAGGAAAUAAAAGCAGUGGACCUGGGGAAGUAGCCAAUCGUUUCAUGGAUGAAGUAACUGAAGUGGCGUUGAAAAUUGAAGAGUUGCUCAAGACGAACGUUGAUAUUUGUAUGACACAUGAAGAAACUGAAGAACAUAUAAAGAAAACCUGCUGUGACUUGUGUAAGGGUGGUUUUACAGAGAAAAAUCAUAAAGUAGCAGACCAUGAUCAUUUGACAGGUAGUUUUAGAAAAACGCUAUGUAACAGUUGCAAUUUAAAAUUAACAACGCCCAAGUUUGUUAACGUAUAUUUCCAUAAUCUUAGCUCGUACGACGGACACUUUUUAGUUAAAGCCCUUGGAAGAGAUACUAGUAGAAUAAGUGUUCGUCGAUACAUUUCGUUUUAUGGGUACUAG